AUGGAUGCAGAAGAUUUUAAGCGUAAGGUUUCUGCCUUGAAGAGAAAAUUAUCAGAUAGUGCUAAGGAAGUCCAAACUAUUAAUGAGAAGGGUAGGGCAGCUCUCAAAGAUCCUGCUCAAGUGAACUUAUUCAAGGGUAUGUUUAAGGUGUUAGAGAAAUAUUUUUCCAAAUUUGAAACUCUUUGGGAUGAACUUAUUGACCUACAUGAAGAUGAAGGAAAGGUCUCAGAAUUUCCUGUCGAAGCAGAUCUGACUAUGCAAACUAAGGCCAAACGUUAUUACUACGAGGCACACACAAGCUAUGAGGCACUUAUGGCUCUUGUUCAGACAACAUCACCUCCCUCACGCCAAAGCAUUAAUCCUAAUGAAUCAGUUGUAUCAUCUGAAAACAGAUCAAAUAAAAUUUUACCUCGGAUCAAUCUGCCCCACUUCAACGGACAAAUUACAAACUGGCCUAAAUUCCGUGAUGCAUUCUUAUCAAUUAUUCAUAAUGAUGCUUUGUUGACUAAAAUGGAGAAAUUCCAUUACCUGGUUUCCUCACUUGUAGGCACAGCUUCUGCAGUUAUAAGUAACUUGCCAUUAAUAGAAGACAAUUAUGACUUGGCAUGGAAGGCAUUGAAUGACACGUUUAAUAAUAAACGUAUGCUAGCCUCUAACUAUUUAAAUCAGCUCAUCCAGUUUAAGCCACAGCAAGGCAAACCUACCAUUGAUUCUCUACAGAAUUUUGUAUCACAAGUUUCAGACAAUAUUGCAGCAUUUAAACUGCUAAAAAUUCCAAAUGAAGCAGAUUUUGUAUUGUUUCAUAUUGCUGUUCGAUUAUUAGAUUCUGCGACCAGAGAACAAUUUGAACUUCAACACAAAGAUAAAGAUUUUCCUGUCUUUGAUGAUCUUACGAAGUUUCUACGGGAACGAUGCCUAGCAUUACAGCUCGCCCUUGGAAAUUCUCAUCAAUCGUCACAUGACAAUAACGCUGCGAAGCCUAGUGGCGCUAUUAAAGGAUAUAAUACUAGAUCUUCUAGCCGUGGUAUGCGAGCUACACUCUUGGCUAACUCACCAGGAAAUAACAUGCAAUCGAAAGAUAACAAUAAAGGUUUCACAUGCUUUCUAUGCAACAGUGGUAGUCAUACACUCUGGAGAUGUAAAGAUUUUAUGAAUGCAACAGUUGAUGAGCGACACAAGAUGUUAAGAAAUUGGCAUGGAUGUAAAAAUUGCUUGUAUGCCAACCACACUAUAGGAAAGUGUAACUCAAAGUGGACUUGUAAAUUUUGCAAGAAGAGACACCACUCGUUACUACAUAUUCCAACCUCAGCUGAUGAAGAACUGAAAGAUAAUGCUACUAGUGCACCAACUUCGUCUUUGACCGCAACUCUUCCUCAACAUAGCAACAUAUUGCUAGGUACUGUAGUUGCUGAGAUAAAAGAUGCUUCCGGAAGAUUUCAACCCAUACGUCUAGUGAUAGACUCAGGAAGUCAACAUUCCUUCAUAACUCACAAAUGCCUCACCAAACUUGGUUUAUCGACAACUCCAUAUCCAAAGAAGAUAUCGGCUAUUGGCCAGACCAUAUUUGAUGGUGCAAAAGGCAAAGCACUUUGUCAUCUGAAGCCAAAAAAUCAGGAAUCCCCUAUCCUCAAAACAGAAGCUGUUGUGAUCAACAAUAUUACUUCAUACCUACCCAACUUCACUAUGCCUUCUAACUUAUGGUCGGAAUAUACCAAAUUUGAACUAGCAGACCCUAAGUUUUGGGAACCUGGACCUAUUGAGUUUUUAUUGGGCUCUGACUUGUUUCCAGAUGUUUGGCUUGGAUCUUCGAUUACUCUUCAUGAAAACCAACCCAAGCUGUUUGCAUCAGUCUUUGGCUACAUUGCUAUUGGGAGAGUUCUUGACUGUCAAUCAUCCACUAAUAUGAAUGCUUCUUUCUUCACCCUUGCUUAUGAUAAAUAUGAUAUUCAUAAUCAGCUGCAACGAUUUUGGGAACUCGAGGAACCUGCUUCUAUCCCAGUCAAAGAAAACCCAGAAGAUUUAGCUUGUGAAAAGCAUUUUACAGAGACUCACUACAGACUUGAGAGCGGCCAGUACGUUGUUCGCCUACCGUUUAAAAGUGAGCCAAAGCAUCUUGGUGACUCUGAAAGAAAUUCUCUGAAAAGACUAUACAGUCUAGAAACAAAACUGACAAAGAAUUCUCUACUUAAGUCUGAAUACUGCAAUUUCAUGAAAGAAUACCUUGAACUGGAACACAUGAGCCCCACAUCAUCUACUUCAAAAUAUGUGAUCCCACACCAUUCUGUCACUAAAGAAGAUCGCUCACAGAUUAAGCUCAGAGUAGUAUUUGAUGCUUCUUCCCUUACUGACUCUAACACGUCUCUAAACAACCAUCUUAUGAUAGGCCCAAAGUUACAGCAAGACAUAAAAGGUAUCUUGACAAGAUUUAGGAUGUAUCCAGUAGUUUUUGUGGCUGAUAUAAUAAAAAUGUACAGGCAGAUUUUAGUUCAUCCCUCUGAUAGGGUAUAUCAACACAUUUUCUGGAGAUUUGAUCCUUCUGAAGCUAUUCAGAAAUAUGAACUGAAUACAGUAACGUAUGGUACUACCUCUGCACCUUUUUUAGCCUUGAGAGUCAUGAAACAGCUAGCAACCGAUGAAGGGACUGACUAUCCACAUGCAGCAAAGGCUAUUCUUCAAGACAUGUAUGUCGACGAUCUUGUCACUGGUGCUUCUACUGUUGAUGAAGCCUUGAAACUCAAGGAUGAAGUAAUCAAUCUUUUACACAAAGGUCAUUUUGGUCUAAGUAAAUGGGCCAGUAACUCUCAGGAAAUUUUAAAUGCAAUCAAUCCUUCAAAACAUAUCAAACAGAUCAACCUCUCAUCUAGUGAAGAUUCAAAUGUCAAGAUCCUAGGACUUCAAUGGAACCCUUCAAGCGACACGUUUGCAUACCAGAUUGAACAAUUUACCCCUGUGUUUACUAAAAGGGCCAUCCUAUCAGCUGUUGCAAAGAUUUUUGAUCCUCUAGGAUUCGUUUCUCCUGUGAUAAUGAUUGCAAAGAGCAUAAUACAAAGCCUAUGGAAAUUGAAGCUGGACUGGGAUUCUGAAAUCCCAACUAACUUGAAGACUCUAUGGAAUGAUUUGACUACUCAGCUAGAGAAACUGCAACAUCUUAGUAUUCCAAGAUUUGUAACAUCUGACAAACCAUACAAAUUGCAAAUAGUAGGAUUUGCUGAUGCUUCCGAAAAAGGAUAUUGUGCUGCACUGUAUCUGAGAGUUAUUAGUGACAAAAUAACUACAAACCUUCUAACAGCCAAAACUAAGUUAGCCCCGAUCAAGACACUAUCUAUCCCACGCUUAGAGUUGUGUGGAGCCUACCUGCUUGCAACAAUGUUCCACUGUGUUAUGGAAACCCUCAGCCAAUUCGCCAGUAAUCAGUUUCAGAAGCCUAUUUUCUUCACUGAUUCUUCAAUUGUCUUAGGAUGGCUGAAUACACCAACUUACAAGCUUAAAGUUUUUGUAGCAAACAGAGUUGCACAUGUUUCAGAACAUACUCCUGUUUCAUCGUGGAGACACAUUAAAUCAGAGGAAAAUCCUAGUGACCAUGGUUCUAGAGGACUUUUACCAGAUAAACUAACUAACUGUGAUCUAUGGUGGCAUGGCCCUAAGUGGAUGAAUAUGCCUGAAGAUAAAUGGCCAGAGUCUACAGUACAGUUCCAGCAGCAGCCCCUACCUGAAGUGAAAGCUGAACCACAAGUGCUUGUCUCAAAUAGUACUGAGCCAGAGCUUAUCAAGAUGAUGGAAAACUAUUCUUCAUACUACAAACUUUUACGUGUAAUAUCUUGGAUCAGAAGAUUUAUCUACAAUUGUCAAGCUAAACUACACAGUACUAGUCGUCUGAAAGGACCCCUUCAGCCUAAGGAAAUUCAAGAGUCCUUACUAUCCUGCAUCAAGAAAAUUCAAUCACACUUUUUCUCUAUUGAUGGCGACAGAAGAUGUGCAACUGCUGUCCUCAAUAAGCAGUGA